CGGGAGGGCCCGGCCCGUCAGACAGUCAGCUCGGUGGGGCUGGGGAAAGCGUCGAUACUGGCGAUGGCAGCUGCCGAGUGCGGUGUCCGCGGCGGCGGCGCUGAUCGCGGCUUCUCUCCCGCUUUUCCUGCCACAGAUGUACCAGAAGGAGGCGGAGAUCCUGGAAGAGCUGAACCGGCUCACAGGCACCAGCCUCCGGCCCUUGACCGCGGGCCUCUUCUAAGGAAGCUGCGCCGGGGACCCCGUGGCCACCACUUCCCGCCCCGAAGGGCCGGUCCGCCGCUGGGGCCGCCCCGGACGUGGCGCGCCGCGGGAAUGGCGGCGGCAGCUCCCUGUCGUUGUCUUCUAUCUCUGCUGCUGUUGCUGGCUGUAGCUGCGCUCGGCCUCCCGCCGCCCAUCGCCGCCCAGCCGCCGCACGCCGCUCUUCGCGCCGGCCACGCUGCCUCUUCGCUGCCCGCUGCCGCCGCCGCGCCGCGCCUGAGAUACCUUUUGUAUGAUGUGAAUCCCCCUGAAGGCUUCAACCUCCGCAGAGAUGUCUACAUUCGCAUUGCUUCCCUUCUAAAGACCUUGCUGAAAAGUGAAAACUGGGUGUUAGUUCUGCCUCCCUGGGGACGUCUUUAUCAUUGGCAGAGCCCUGACAUCCUUCAAGUCCGGAUCCCUUGGUCUGAGUUUUUUGAUCUGCCAAGCCUCAACAGGAACAUCCCUGUCAUUGAAUAUGAGCAGUUCCUUGCAGAGUCAGGUGGGCCCUUUAUUGAGCAGAUUUAUGUCCUACAAAGCUAUGCAGAAGGAUGGAAAGAAGGAGCGUGGGAAGAAAAAAUAGACGAAAGGCCAUGCAUUGAGCAGCUUAUGUACUCCAAAGACAAACAGGACUACUACAGGGGAUGGUUCUGGGGUUAUGACGAAACAAGGGGCCUAAAUCUUUCUUGUCUGUCUGUCCAAGGAUCUGCCUCUAUUGUGGCUCCCAUCCUUUUGAAGAACACUUCAGCACAGUCAGUGAUGUUAGACAGAGCUGAAAACCUUCUUCAUGACCACUACGGAGGGAAAGAUUAUUGGAAUACCCGUAGGAGCAUGGUGUUUGCUAAACACCUCCGUGUAGUAGGAGACGAGUUUAGAAACAAGUAUCUGCAAUCCACAGAUGAGGCAGACAGGACUCAUUACAAGGAGGACUGGACACAGAUGAAGGUUAAGACGGGAACAGCUCUAGGUGGUCCAUACCUUGGGGUUCAUCUCAGAAGGAAAGACUUCAUUUGGGGUCACAGAGAAGAUGUACCUUCCCUGGAAGGAGCAGUAGCGAAAAUCCACAGCCUCUUGGAGAUGCAUAAACUUGAGAAAGUUUUUGUAGCCACUGAUGCUGUCGAGGAGGAGAUUGAAUUACUCAAGGAACUGCUGCCUGAGAUGGUGAGGUUUGAACCCUCUUGGGAGGAGCUAGAACUCUACAAAGAUGGGGGGUUGGCUGUGAUUGACCAGUGGAUCUGCGCACAUGCAAGGUAUUUUAUAGGCACCUCAGUUUCAACAUUUUCCUUCAGGAUCCACGAGGAAAGGGAGAUCCUGGGAUUUGAUCCAAAAACAACUUACAACCGAUUUUGUGGUGAAAAAGAGAAAAACUGUGAGCAGCCAACUCACUGGAAAAUUGUAUACUAAACUAUAGAGAAAUCCAAGGACUUCAGUACUGGUGAGCUCAGAAAAAAAAGGAAAAACUGGGGAAACAGCUGUCUUUGACCAAACUACAACUUAGUCCUCCACCCUCUUCUCACUGUUUACCUGACAUUUGAGUUUUGAAGCAAUAUUCAUCUUCUUAGCCAGGCAUUCAGCAAGAAAAAAGACAUCAGCCUGGGAUCCAGUGCUCAGCAUAGCUAGAAUUAGAGGACAAUACCAGACACUGCAACUGAGACUUGAAAGGCAAAACUUUGUGUGGCGGCUCCUGAAGACUCUUGGUGGCUUGAGACACAUCUGCCAACAGAACUGUGUUCCGUCCAACCCAGGUGCUCAUGACAGAAAUCAUAGCAUCGUUAAGGUUGGAAAAGACCUCUAAGAUCAUCAAGUCCAGCUGUCAACACUACCAUGACCACUAAAUCAUAUCCCCAGGUGUCAUGUCUACAACAUUUUUUAACCCCUCCAGGGACAGUGGCUCCACCCUGUUCCCUGGCAGCCUGUUCCAAUGCUUGAUACUCUUUCAGUAAAGACAUUUUUUUCUAAUAGCCAAUCUAAACCUCCCCUGGUGCAACCUAAGGCCAUUUUCUCUCGUCCCAUCACUUGAUACUAGGGAGACCAAUCUCCAUCUUGCUACAACCUCCUUUCAGGUAGCUGUAGAGAGCAAUAAGGACUCCCCUCAGUCUUCUCCAUGCUAAACAACCAGUCAGCACUGGCUCUCUGUGCUCCUUCAAAUCUUUUCCCCCUGUGCCAUAAUCCACUCAAGUAGUAAUACAUUGGUCACACCUGGCCUUCCAGAUCUUUCAACAGCUUUGUUGCCCUUCUUUGUCUUUCUUCUUGUGAGGACCCUUAAACUAAACACAGUACUCAAGGUGUGGCCUCACUGAUACUGAGUAUAGGGGAAUAAUCACUUCUCUGGUCUUGCUGGCCACACUAUUUCUGUUACAGGCCAGGAUGCUGCUGGCUCAUAUUCAGCCAGCUCAUGUUCAGCUGGCUGUACACCAGCACCCCUGGAUCAUUUUCUGCCAGGUAGCUUUCCAGCCACUCUUCCCCAAGCCUGUAGUAUUGUACAGGGUUGUUGUGACCCGAGUGCCAGGCCUGGCCUUUGGCCUUGUUAAACCUCAUACAAUUGAGGUCAGCCCAUCAAUCCAGCCUCUCCAGAGCCCUCCUAACCUCAAGCAGAUCAACACUUCUGCUCAGUGUAGUGUCAUCUGUGAAAAAUUUGCAUUUCAUGGCCUUUUUUAUCAUAGGACUAGGCAAAGCUCCCAGUGUUCCCUCUGUUAUUAUCUGGUGUUCUUUGCCAUCAUGGGUCGUAUAUACUGUGAAUCUAAGGCAGCAUUCUGUUAGGAUACAUCCUGUGUUGCAAACAUCACAUGGUUGUGACCAUUCCAGUGCUAGGAUAAUUUCAGGAACUUUGUAACAUCUUGGAGACACCGAAGCGCUGUGAUGCGACAUCACCAUAACGUUAUGUUUUGACAUGUGGAUUUUCUUAGCAUGCAUUCAUCACACUUCAAUUUGAGUGUGCUCAGUUUCUAGACAGUCAGAUGUCACAAAUAAAACAUUUUCCAGUUUCAAA